AUCCUAAAAAAAUAUUUUUGUUAGAUUCCAAAGCCACAAGAAUAAUGGAAACAUAUAGCAAAGGAAUUUGAAGCAAGAUUGAACUUUCCCCAUUGCUUCGGUGCCGUUGACGGCAAAUAUGUGCAGAGUAUUCCACCAAAUGGGCAAGGUUCCUAUUUUUAUAACUAUAAAGGAUUUCACAGUAUGGUUUUGAUGGCAGUUGUAAAUGCUAAUUAUGAGUUCAUAAUAUACGAAUUUGGUGUGAAUGGGAGAAUUUGUGAUGGAGGUGUUAUAGAGCAAACAAUAUUUUACAACAAAUUAAAAGAAAAUACAUUACAAAUUCCAGUCUUUGAUCAUCUCAGUGGUUCAGAUAAAAUGCUUAGUGAUGUGUUUAUUGGUGUUGAAGCUUUUGCCUUAGCGCCACAUUUCUUAAAACCGUUUAAUCAAAGAGAAUUAACAAAUGAACGCAAAAUAUUCAAUUACCGCCUGUCAAGGACAAGGCGAGUUGUAGAAAAUGCCUUUGGUAUUUUAGCUAACAGAUUUCGAAUUUUCCAUACCACUAUUAAUUUAAAUCUAAAAACUGUAUAUAUCAUUGUCAUGACAUAUUGUGUACUCCAUAACUUUUUGAGAAGUAAAUAUGCUUCAACCUAUACUCCCAUUGGAAGCUUAGACGAUGACAACAGGAAUGGUUUAAGAACAGAAGAUUCUAAUCUCAUUGAUAUGCAGAGAUAACAUUAUAUAAGGAUUUCCAGAGACGCCAAGCAAACUAAGGAUAAACUUUUUUUAUGGUAUUUCAAUAAUGAAGGUAGUGUACCAUGACAAAAUAGCCAUGGUGUAAUUCAUAAUAUAGUUUAAUUAUAGAAUUUAAUUCAAGUUCUAAAUAUUGUGAACGUAGAUAUAGUUUAAUAAAGAAAUUUUUUUAAAUUAA